AUGGAUGGAACCUAUGCAUCUCCUCCACCUUCUCCAACCCAUCAACAUCAAGAAAAUCAAUCCAAUGGAAACUCUAGACUUAUCCUACAUCCCUACGUCAUUCACCCUAGUGAUAAUCCCGCAACUUUUCUUUUCUCUCGGCUUCUCCAAGGAGAUAACUACGGUUCAUGGGUAAGAGGUAUUACAAAGGCAUUGAAUGCUAAAGGAAAAUUGGGUUUCGUCGAUGGCUCGUUGCCUCCACCUGUUGAUGAUCUAACCCACAGGUGCUGGAAAAGGUGCGAUAACUUGGUAGGCAGUUGGUUGCUUAAUUUUAUACACCCAGAUAUUAGAGCAAGCUGCUUGUAUGCUGCAUCGUCUCAUGCGAUAUGGAAAUACCUACAGGUAAGGUUCUGUAUUUCCAACGCUCCAAUCCUUUUUCGUCUUAAGUCUGUUAUUGCUAGUAUUCGUCAAGAAUCAAUGUCGGUAUCACUUUACUACACGAAAAUCAAAGCCCUCUGGGAUCAGUAUGACUCAUUGGUAGCAAUCACGAAAGCCUGCAUAUGUGGUGCUGGAAAAUCAGUGAUGGAACGAUUGGAACGUGAUCGUGCAAUGAAGUUCUUGCAAGGCCUUCACGAUAGAUUCUCCAACCUCCAUAGCCAGAUCUUGACUAUGGAACCAUUCCCCACUGCUUUGAGAAUAUUUGAUCUCGUCUAG